AGAAGAAGAAGAAGAAGAAAAAUAAGUAGUAGUAAACCGCCUCAACGCUAGAUGGCUGUAGUCACAGUGAGCGAGUCUUUCACAAACAGACCGUCCUGCGAUCAGACUAAAAGAAUUCAACAGCGCAGCACUAACAGCGGUCACUCCAAAAAAUGUCUGAACCACGAGCUUUUAAGAAUCCCUAUCCAGAUUAUACUGGGCCUGGAUGUGCACAAGACCUGUUUGACAUGCAGGGAAAUUUGACCCAGCAUUUUGCCAGCUGUAUAAGCAGCAAGAUCAGUGAGCUUCUGGCGAUCAUGGAGAAUGGACUGAAGAACGCUGACCCCAGAGACUGUACUGGCUACACUGGCUGGGCAGGCAUUGCCCUGCUCUACCUGCAUCUCCACAGCAUCUAUGGAGACUCCUCUUUGCUCCACAAGGCUCUGGACUAUGUCAGCCGCAGUCUGAGGAGUUUAACCCAGGGCUGGGUGACCUUCCUGUGUGGGGAUGCAGGGCCGCUGGCUGUUGCUGCGGUGGUCUAUCAUCGACUCCAGAAACCUCAUGAGGCUGAGGAGUGUGUGAACAGGCUGUUGCAUUUUCACCAGUCUGUAGUGCUGGGAAACGGCAGGCUUCCUGAUGAACUGCUCUAUGGCAGAGUGGGCUACCUUUACUCCCUUGUCUUCAUUAACCAGCAAUUUCAGCAGGAGAAGAUCCCCAUACAAUACAUUCAACAGAUCUGUGAUGCAGUGCUGGCUUCAGGACAGAACCUGUCUCUGAGGAACAAGAUCCAGGAACAAACCCCUCUCAUGUAUGAGUGGUAUCAGGAGGAGUAUGUGGGUGCCGCUCAUGGCCUGUCAGGGAUCUACUACUACCUGAUGCAGCCUGGCUUUGUGGUUGGCGAGGAGAGGGUUUACCAUCUAGUCAAACCCAGUGUGAACUACGUGUGUCAGCUGAAGUUUCCAUCAGGCAAUUACCCACCGUGUGUUGGAGAUUCUCGGGAUCUUUUGGUGCACUGGUGUCACGGCACUCCUGGAGUUAUCUACAUGUUGAUACAGGCUUUUAAGGUGUUUGGUGUGAAGCAGUAUCUGGAGGAUGCGCUGCAUUGUGGGGAGGUGAUCUGGCAGAGGGGUCUGUUGAAGAAGGGCUACGGACUCUGUCAUGGAGCUGCUGGAAACGCUUACGGCUUCCUGGCCCUUUACAAGAUCACCCGGGAUCCCAAACACCUCUUCAGAGCCUGCAUGUUUGCAGACUGGUGCAUGAAUUAUGGAAAGCAUGGUUGCCGGACUCCAGAUACACCAUUCUCACUGUUUGAAGGGAUGGCAGGCACAAUUUAUUUCCUGGCUGACUUGCUGCAACCAACUAGAGCCAAGUUCCCUGCUUUUGAGGUGUAAAGACUGUUCCAGAUGACUGAGCUUCUUUUGCUUGAGCUUCCUCGAGCUGGAAGAAUGCGUCCUCUGAUGGUGGAAUAGUCUGCAUGCCCCGGAUCUGUCACAAUUCACGCUAAGUCUUAUGAGAGGUUCUGUACAUGUGGAGAAAAGUAUGCGGGAAAGGUUAUUUUCACAUUAAUGGACGGUGGAUGGGAAUCUAGGCUGUAUAGAUGAGUGUUGCUUUGGAGCUAUAAGGGGAAGCUGAUUUAAAUAGUUCAGUAUGCUUUUGUUUGUGCAUUUUUGGUGUCACGUGUUUGUUAGUAUUAUUUUAAUUAAUAUGACUCAUUGAAAAUGACCUGUUUUGAUGUGUUUGUGAGGAUAUAUUCUGAUAUGAUAGCAAGGUAAAGUUUAAAGGAUUAGUUCACUUUCAGAAUAAAAAAAAAAUCCUCAUCAUUUGCUCACCCUCAUGUCAAAGAUGUCCAUGUCUGUCUUUCUUCGGUUGAAAAGAGAUUUAUUUUUUUGAGGAAAACAUUCCAGGAUUUUUCUCCAUAUAAUGAUUUCUAUGGUGCUCAAUGGAUUGAAGGUUAAAAUUGCAGCUUCAAAGGGCUCUAAAUGAUCCCAGCCGACAAAAAUAAUUCUUAUCAAGCGAAACAAUCGAUCAAAAGAAAAAAAAAAUUCAUAUACUUUUUCAACCACAGUUACUCCUCUUGCUCUAGCUCUGCUUGCAGGUGUGCGUCUUUGCGCAUUACGUAAUCACGUUUGAAAGGUGAAUGGUGUACUGUGUACUUCGGUUAAAAAAAGGCAGGAUAGGAUGAAAAACUCCUCACUUUCUACUCAUGAGACUACUCAUUUUCUCCUCCAGCUUCAAUAUCAUCUGACAUCGUUGUUUUACCUUUUUUGUAAAGGGCAUUUGACUUUUUGCAGGUUUGCUUUGUAAACACUGGGCCGGUACUUUUGUCUGCGUCACGUCACGCAUGCGUGAUUACAUAAAUGCAUUAGGUCGAGCUAUUACAAGGUGAGUAAUUGUGGUUUAAAAAGUAUAUAAAUUUCUUUUGUUUUUAAAAAAUGGCCGAUCGUUUCACUGGAUAAGACCCUUAUUUCUAGAGCCCUUUGAAGCUGCUUUGAAACUGUUAUUUUAACCUUCAAUCCAUUAAGCACAAUAGAAGUCCAUUAUAUGGAGAAAAAUCCUGGAAUGUUUUCCUCAGAAAAACUUAAUUUCUUUUCGACUGAAAAAAGAAAGACAUGAAGAUUUUGGAUGACAUGGGUGUGAGUAAAUUGUCAGUGACUUUAUUCUGGAAGUGAACUAAUCCUUUUAACAUCUUUUUGAACACAAAUGACAGCUUUAAGGUAACAUUACAAAUGCAGUGUUGAUAUGAUUUCUGUAAUGUUAAUGCUUUGCUUUCUGUAUUAGUAAUGUAUUUUUCCCUUUUUUAUCUCUUGAUAAUACUAGUAGCUAUAUCAGAGGAUGUGCUGCGAACAUGAUUUUUUUUAGGUGUGUUCCACCACCUAAAGAAAAUCAUGUAUGUUUUAGCAUUUUCAUUUGCCUUUUUCAUCAUAAUUUGUACAUUUUCAUCUGCUCAGCAAUAAAAAGUAAGGAAAACAGGAUUUUAUA